AUGGCAGACACUGAGCAGCCCGAUGUCCCGGCGGAGCCUCAAAGCAGGCACAUAAUAUACUGCGGUGGUGCGUUUCUCGACACCCUCUCCCCUCAUCCCCUUGCCGCGAGGAAGAGCUUCGCCCAGCUGACGUCUUUCCUCGUUCCUCGAUCUAGUCUGCACGCUGCCUCCAGAGGUGUGAACCACCCCCCUGGAUCCCUCGCAAGCGCCCGCUCGCUAUGCGCAACGCGCCCCCAGGAAGCUGACCAAUACCCCUCGUCGGGCUUGCAGUACUGCGAAUAUGGCGGCACCGUGAGGAAGUGCCAGGAAUGGCUCGAGAGCCACCACAAGGAGAUGUACGAUCGGAUCUGGUCGGCCGAGGCCCUCGAAGCCGCCACCGCUUCCCUCUCCGUCGAGGCACAAAAGCGCGCCGCCAAGGACGCCCAGAAGAAGACGGCCAAGGCCGAGGCCGCCGAGGCGAAACAGGCCGACAAGCUCGCAAAGAGCGUCGUCACCAUCAAGCGCAUCGAGCGCAACAAGAAGAAGUUUGUCACGGCCGUCAUCGGCCUCGAGGCCUUUGGACUGGAGCUGAAGAAGGUUGCAAAGGACCUCGGCAAGAAGUUUGCUACGGGCUCGUCCGUCACCAAGGUUCCCAGCGGCGGAGAGGAGAUUGUCGUCCAGGGCGACGUCAGCGAGGAGGUGGAAGAGUUCCUCUUGGAGAAGUACAAGGAGAUACCCGAGGACAACAUCGAGCUUGUCGACGACAAGAAGAAGAAGAAGGCGGCCGCGGCUUAG